CCUGAUUCAAAUGCGACAUCCUGCCCACAGAGAGCUUCUUUGGCUUGUCGUUACACGCCAUGCAGUCUCCUCCUGCUCGGCGAACAGCGCAGCUCUGCUACCCAACUUGACCUGACCCGCUGUAAUCCACAAAGUCCUUUUUUAUCUGCGGCCAGAGAGAGAGAGAGAGAGAGAGAGAGAGAGAGAGAGAGGGAGAGAAAGAGAAAGAGAGAGAGAGAGGGAGAGAGGGAGAGAGGGAGAGAGGGAGAGUCUGUGGAUGAGAAGCUGUCCACUGGAAGGUAGAGAGGCGAACAGAAGCUCCACGGAGUCCCGACUUGUUUACCCCGCACCGGGCACCGAGGAGCGCCGCGGCGCAGUCUUUUACGCACAAACCUAUAGAGCCGACUUGGGGGUGGUGGGGUGGGGUGGGGGGAGAGAGGGAGAGGCUCGUCUGUCCGUCGCCACCAUGUCAGGGGCAACAGCUUCCGUGGCAGAUGUGUCCAGGACGGUUUUUACAAUCAGAGAUGAAAGCCGCGGCCGGAGCAAGUCAGAUCAGACCCAGGCUCAGUGCACGCCCAUGCCCCUGCCGGCCCUGGGCACCCAGAGGAUCAUCCAGGGCAACGGCACCACCGUGGGCACAGUCAUUUCCCUGCAGUGCCCAGACAAACACACGCUUGUGGGGAGGCAGCUGAUGUGUGUCAUGGACACCAACAGCACCCACUGGGUGGGGGACACCUACUGUAAACCGUUGUCUCCCUUCGAGGACUACGGUUUCCGCGUGGCCGUGCUGGCGUCCAUCGUAAGCUUGGCCAUCAUCUUCUUCAUGUCCGUGGCCUUCAUCACCUGCUGUUUGCUCGACUGCAUCAAAGAGGACAAGAGGAAAAACCACGAGAGCACAACGGAGUCCGAAAUGUGGCAGUGGGAGGAGCAGCCCCAACAUCAGGGGGACAACAGGUCUCGCUACAGCCACAAAGGCAGGAACAACAACAACAACAACACCCAGGACAAAGCGCAGUCCCUUUGGGACACCGAGACCCCGGCCGCGUGUGACGACACACGAGCCUGCAGAGGUCAUCAGCUGUACGCACACGGUCCCGCCUGCACAUAUGGGCCCACUCCCCCACCGCUUUCGACUCUCCCCGGCUAUGACUACAACCGGCCUCUCUUACCCAGAAGCCCAGGAUCCGCAGAGGUCUCGGGUCCGCCUGAAUACAACGGACCUCCUCGGUCCCGUCAGACUACGAACCCGGGUCCGCCCCGGGUCUCGGUGGCGAGGCCCGGGUCGGUGCGGCCGUACGGAGGACGGCACGGCGGCUUGCCGGGAGGGAACCCAUCCACCGCGGAUGAGUCCAGCACGAGGAACGUGAGGCCCGCCAGAGACUUUUCCAUUCGGAUUAUAUCAGUGUGAGGGACGCAGGACGCAGGAGGGGAAAAAAACACCAAGAACUUGUUUACUGGCCAGAAUAUGUCGGCCUGUACGGCGAAGACUACGGGAAGAAAUAACUGAGCGUUCCUGAUCUUGUUGUCAUGAUGAAAUCUGCAGUUCUGCACAGUGAGAAGGCUCAAUAGGACGGAUUCAUGUGCCUUUUGUAAACUGCAAUGACGCACUGCCCUCUGUCUGCAAAGUGGAGCCGGUGCACCUUCAGUACGCCGGCCCUUUCUUAGGUGACACUCCCUGUAAUUAGAAGGUCCAGGGACCUCAAAUGAGCUUUUCAGAAACCCAUCAACGUGUUAUGUUUUGGUUCAAGUUAAGAUUAAGGUGUUUAAUAGACGUCGUAAGCAGUUGAGGACGUUGUCUGAGAAACUCAUCUCAGUGCUACAAGUCCACCUUGUUGGUUGAGGAGAGCAGCUGAAAAACACUGGCUGGUAUGUAAAUAUCUUCUUCUUUUUUAAGAAUGUAAAUAAAUAAAUAAAUAAAGACUUCUACUGAUAA